UCCUUGCCAUUUUGAGGGACAAAAACCCCAUCUGUAUCCCUGUCCCUGUGUGUGCAUGUGCUUUCAUUUGACAGAAGGCAGGAAGAGCUCAGACAACACAGCUGGUAUAGACAGAGAAAGGCUUGGAUGCUACUCUCAUAUCUGAUACACAGUUGAUGACUUUUUUUAAAAAGAACAUUGUGUGCCUAUACCUAAAAAUAUUCAUGCCCAUAGACAAGCUGAACUUUAAAUAAUAAUUAUGAUUGAUGAAACGUGUCCUCCAACAUGAAAGAAAGCUAUCUGUGAGAACUUUAGAGCUGCAAAGAAAGUUUAGAGAUCAACCAUAAGUCAAUGUUCACAAUACCAUCUUGUUUUUAGUGUCCUGUUUGAAGGUUUUGUCAGUAUAUAUUCAAUUAAUAUGAAUAAGGAGAAAUCUACCCUCCUUCCUUUCUUCUUUAGGAUUAUCUGUAAAAUCUCAGAGGCGGGUAGAAGGUGUAGCUCCCCCAAUCCACGACUAAAGAGGGGAUGAAGUCUUUCUGUAUUGAAUUUUAAAUAUCAUCACUCAGUAAUACUGUGCUCUUUCCAGAAGGACCACAUGUUCUCAUCCAGAGAUGAGUUGACGGCAAGGGUGAGCAAUGUCACAGAAUUCAUCCUACUGGGGCUGACCCAGAAUCCAGAACUGCAGAAACUCUUAUUUGGUGUUUUGUUAACCACCUACUUGAUCACAUUGGCAGGCAACCUGCUCAUCUCAGUCACCAUCUUCAUCAGCCCAGCCCUGGCUUCUCCCAUGUACUUCUUUCUGUCCUAUUUGUCCCUUAUAGAUGCAUUCUACUCUUCUUCCAUCGCACCCAAAAUGAUCUUUGACUUGAUCUCUGGAACAAACACCAUAUCCUUCAAGGGCUGCAUGACCCAGCUCUUUGCUGAACAUUUCUUUGCUGGAUCUGAGAUCAUCAUGUUGAUUGUCAUGGCCUAUGACCGCUAUGUAGCCAUCUGUAAGCCCUUGCACUACAUGACCAUCAUGAGCCCACCUGUGUGCACUUUCCUGGUCGGAAUGGCUGGGGCCUUAGGGUUUAUUCAUGGAGGGAUCCAGGUUUUGUUCAUGGUCCAGUUACCAUUCUGUGGCCCCAAUGUCAUUGAUCAUUUCAUAUGUGAUUUAAUCCCUCUCCUGGAGCUAGCCUGCACAGACAUGCACACCUUGGGGCCCCUGAUUGCUGCCAACAGUGGGUCCAUGUGUUUGGUAAUCUUUUGCAUGCUGGUUGCUUCCUAUGGUGUCAUCCUGAGGUCCCUGAGGACUCAUAGCUCUGAAGGGCGUCACAAGGCUCUGUCUACCUGUGCCUCUCAUGUCACGGUUGUUAUCUUGUUCUUUGUACCUUGUUCAUUCCUGUACUUGAGACCCAUGACCUCCUUCCCCACUGACAAAGCUGUGACUGUGUUUUACACCAUAAUAACACCCAUGCUGAACCCUUUAAUCUAUACGCUCAGAAAUGCAGAAGUGAAGGAUGCCUUGAAAAAACUCUGGGGACAAAUAAUGAAAACAGGUGGUAAAUAAAUCUUGUGUGGGGUAUGAAGAAAAAAAAAUCUUGUGGUAUUUCAUGGUGAUUUAUUCCCGUUCUUAGUUGAUUCAACUUCGGAGUAUUAUCCUAUCUGGAUCAGUUUUCUUUAGGACCCCAUAUAUUGUGAUCAGGGAGGAUGCCCAUUGAAGCAUAGUAGGCACAGACCCUAGAGCCCAAGAUAGUUUUAGGAGCCCCUGCAAUUUUCAAUUUCUUUUAAAACAAGAAGAAACAAUUAAUAACACAACCUGGAUUGUAGUCAUCUAUAUACCAAUGCAGUUGCAAAAUCAUAGUUUUAAUAUUUUUAGGGAGGAAAGGACUCAUGAGGACACAAAAGUCCCAAGAACUCACAAACGUCAAAAUGUUCUCAGAACU